AUGUCCCGUGCAGAGGACGACAGCGGCGCCGUGGUGGUGCAGACGGCGCCGGGCAAGGUGGUGACGCACCGCGGCGGCACCAUCAUCCUGCCCUGCCGCUACCACUAYGACGUGUCGGCCCACGCCGCCGACGAGAUCCGCCUCAAGUGGACCAAGGUGACGGAGCCCAUGGCCUUCGAGGACGUGUUCGUGGCGCUGGGCAAGGCGCGCCGCGCGUUCGGCAGCUACCGCGGGCGCACGGCGCUGCAGGAGGACGGCUUCGGCGACGCCUCGCUCAUCAUCCGCAACGUCACCCUGCAAGACUACGGCCGCUACGAGUGCGAGGUCACCGACGAGCUCGAGGACGACACCGGCAUGGUCAAGCUGGACCUCGAAGGCGUCAUCUUCCCCUACCACCCGCGCCUGGGCCGCUACACGCUCAACUUCCACGAGGCGCAGCGCGCGUGCCGCGAGCAGGACGGCAUCCUGGCCUCGCACGACCAGCUGCACCAGGCCUGGCUCGAGGGCCUCGACUGGUGCAACGCGGGCUGGCUGCAGGACGGCUCCGUGCAGUACCCCAUCGCGCGCCCGCGCGAGCACUGCGGCCGCAAGGACACCCCCGUGGGCGUGCGCAGCUACGGCUACCGGCACAAGGACAGCGAGCACUACGACGCCUUCUGCUUCACCUCCAACCUCGACGGCAAGGUGUUCUUCCUGAAGACGUUCCGCAAGCUGAGCUUCGCCGAGGCGGCGCAGGCGUGCAAGGAGAGCGGCGCCGCCGUGGCCAAGGUGGGCCAGCUCUACGCCGCCUGGAAGCUGCAGCUGCUCGACCGCUGCGAGGCCGGCUGGCUGGAGGACGGCAGCAUCCGCUACCCCAUCGUGAACCCGCGCGCGCGCUGCGGCGGCCGCGAGCCCGGCGUGCGCAACCUCGGCUUCCCCGACAAGAAGUACAAGCUCUUCGGCGUCUACUGCUUCAAGAAGGCGGCCGGGGACGGCAGCACCAAGGAGAGCGGCCAGGGACACCCCAACCGCGUGUGAGGUGGCCCCGGGACCCCCAUCCCGCCUGUCCCCUCCGUGCUGCGGGAGCGGGAUGGGGAUGGGGGCUCCGAUCGCCCCUGUGAAUCCAGCUCGGAGCUGCUGCCUCUGCCCCCUCAUUCCGCUGCAGACGGGACCCCCCUUUACGCUCUCAUGGGGGGGGCAGUGCCCCCCCAAACUGCUGCUUGGAGCUUGCAGGUCCCGGCCGCGCUUGCGCACCCCGAUGCAGCAACCCGAGGAGGAAGACGAUGGAUCCGGGGAGGAAGAUGAUGGAUCGCGGGAGGAAGAUGAUGGAUCGCAAGAGGAAGAUGAUGGAUCRYGGGAGGAAGACGAUGCUGCUCGUGSGAAGGGCAGUGCAGGGCGCUGGGAGCCCCGCGUCCCCCCGCGCUCGCCGCUCUGCAAACCAGCGCGCUGCAUGUGCAAAAAGCCACG